CAUGUCUGUGAGAAGAUGCAAAGAGGGUUUAGGGAGGAAAGGAUUAGGAAUCAGAUAAUCAGAGCUGAGGAAGCUGGGCAGGUGCCUAGUGUUUCCUGCAUUUCCCACUGCCUUCCAGCUCCUCUGGUAAAAUGGGGCACAGUGGGAGGAGGAGCCCCACUUACACACACACCCACCCCCAGAAACAGAGAGAGUUCAGAGUAGAGAUAGAAUCUAGUCAAGAAUAAUAACCUAGAUGUCAGAGAAAAUAGCCCUGGGAGAGAAGCCUGUGGAGUAGGAAAGCUGUAGGUGGACUGUCAAGCACCUGGUCUUUGGAAUUGACCCGAAACAGAGCUCUGAGGCUUUGGUGAAUUUGCUUAAAUUUGCUGUUUCAGUUUCUUCAUCCAUAGCAAGAAGUUAAUUCCUACCUUAUAGUGUUGUCGUGAGGUUUGGAGGUAAUGUAUAUAAAGUACUUGGCACAUAGCUGGUGUCCAAUAAAUGGUAGCUAGUAAAAAUGGGUAGCUUUCCUGCAAAUAUCUCUCUUUCCCCCUUCUCCAGGAACAUUGUUUUCAGUAUCUUGUAUCUAGUGGCCUCCAGCCUCUGAAUUAUUUCAUGUGAGUUAAUCAAACCCUUAGGAUUUUUUCUUCAACCCCUCCCCACUCCCCCUGAUGCCUUCCAGCUGGACACAAACUCAUUCCUAAAAUAUGCAGAUGGAAGCUGUGGUAACCAUGGAGACAGGGCAGGUGGUGAGGAGAAGGCAGAGACAGACAGUGUGAGAAAAGGACUGCUACAGACAGGGAGAAAGAAGACUUUAAGAAGCGACUCAGAGACCUUCAAGUAAGAUGGAAAAAUAAUGAGUCUAAGAAAGACUGAGAGUAAAGAGAUGCAAUGAGAGAGGAUGUGUUACAAGGUUCACUCUUCUCUGCCCCUUUUCUAUUUCUCUUCUCCCCCAAUCCCUCCAAGAAUAUGAGGAGGCACCUGAGGAUGCCCCUCGCCAUAUCUAAAAAUGACCCCAAACACCCAGCCUCCUCAUACUUAUCUAAGGUCUGUACAGGGAGCUGAGGUCCAAGUUUAUCUGUGCUCCAUGUUCCAUUUUUGGGAGGUGGAAUGAAGAUCUAUCGCUGUGUCUGACUCCAGUUCCCCCUGACAUUUAAACUAGGAGAAGGCAGCCAGAGCUCUUGCCUCUCUCAGCACAGUAAGGACUCUGGCUGUGGACCCCCAUCGCCUCUCUCUACCUUUCUGCACAGUGUGCCAUGUGCCUUGUGUGGCAGAUCAGGUCUGGUGCACAGGCGCACAUCAAUACACCAAGCUCCGAGAAUAGGGAUCUGCUGAAGCUCAACGAAGAAUUGGGAUGGUCCCCAGUCUAGGUCGCGGAGGAGACUCCCAAGGAACACUUAGGUUUGUUGUGGCUGAGGGGAGGUCGUCUAAGCAGGGGAAGUCAGGAUUGGAGCCUCUAGCUUUUGAGGGUUUAUAUGUGCCUGGGUGGGGUAACGGUUUGGUGCCCGACGCCCCCACCCGCAGAGACUGGGAUAUAAAUAGCGAGGCAGAGCUCCGCCCCCCCCCCCCCCCAGCUUCUCUCCUCCGGAGCCGGCGCUGUGCCCGGGGCGCACUGGGAGGAGGGACCAGGCUUCUGUGCCCGGGCGCAGAUACUGACACCAAGGGAAUCCGGGUCCACCCCCCACCACCACCACGCCAUGUGGGACCCCUGGAACCAAGCUCCGCCACCCCAGCUGCCCCGUGGCCCUGGCCUCAGUCUUGGCCCGGUGGAGAUUCUGCGGACAUACAGGUCCCAAACGCAAGCUGCCUCCCUCCCCCCAUUCAAUUUAUGGGGCUGUGGCAACCUAAAAGAGGGAUUGGCUUCGCCACUGAGCCCUCAGGCCUCUGCCAGCCAUCACCCACACGCCCUUAGCUAUCCUCGGCAGGUCCCAGUCCCGGCUCCAUCGGUGCUUUCGCCCCAGCGGCAGCUAUGCUGCAUACCGAGGGCCACGCUCUUCUUCGGGCCGUGGGUCAGGGUAAGCUACGAUUGGCCCGUUUGCUUCUGGAGGGGGGCGCCUAUGUGAAUGAGGGUGAUGCCCAAGGGGAGACUGCGCUAAUGGCGGCCUGUCGGGCCCGCUACGACGACCCCCAGAACAAGGCGCGCAUGGUACGCUACCUUCUGGAGCAAGGCGCGGACCCCAACAUCGCAGAUCGCCUAGGGCGCACCGCGCUCAUGCACGCUUGUGCCGGCGGUGGGGGCGCCGCGGUGGCCUCUCUGCUCCUUGCCCACGGCGCAGACCCCUCAGUUCGAGAUCACGCUGGCGCCUCGGCGCUUGUCCAUGCCCUGGACCGCGGGGAUCGCGAAACCCUUGCCACGCUGCUGGACGCCUGUAAGGCCAAGGGCACAGAGGUCAUCAUCAUCACCACCGACACCUCGCCUUCAGGCACCAAGAAGACCCGACAGUAUCUCAAUUCCCCACCGUCCCCGGGGGUGGAGGACCCGGCUCCCGCUCCUCCUAGCCCGGGGAUCUGCACGUCGCCUUCGGAAAUCCAACUGCAGACUGCAGGAGGAGGAGCACGGGGGUUGUUGUCCCCUCGUGCCCAGGAAGAAGAGGAGAAGCGGGACGUGUUUGAAUUCCCUCUCCCUAAGCCCCCCGAUGACCCCUCCCCUUCUGAGCCACUCCCCAAACCACCACGUCAUCCUCCAAAACCACUCAAAAGGCUCAAUUCGGAGCCCUGGGGCCUAGUGGCCCCUCCUCAACCAGUCCCGCCAGCCGAGGGGAGGCCGGGGAUCGAGCGCCUGACCGCCGAAUUCAACGGUCUGACCCUGACAGGUCGACCGCGUCUUUCCAGACGUCACAGCACUGAAGGCCCAGAGGACCCGCCCCCGUGGGCGGAGAAAGUGACUGGUGGGGGUCCUCUCUCUCGCCGAAACACUGCGCCAGAAGCUCACGAGUCCGGCCCCCCUUCAGGGCUGAGGCAGAAACUGAGCCGCAUGGAGCCGGUGGAGCUCGAUACCUCCGGAAAUCUUUGUCCCGACUCGCCCGAGUGCAGCCGCCCGUCCCUGGAGCGCCGCCGAUACAGCGCCUCCCCGCUGACCCUCCCUCUAGCCGGCUCGGUUUCCUCGCCGCGCCAGUCCCAGGAGAGUCUGCCAGGGGCCGUAUCUCCACUGAGCGGGCGGAGGCGGAGUCCGGGGCUGCUGGAGCGGAGGGGCUCAGGGACGUUGCUCCUGGACCACAUCUCGCAAACAAGGCCUGGUUUCCUGCCCCCGCUCAAUGUCAGCCCUCACCCCCCCAUCCCCGACAUUCGCCCUCAAGCCGGAGGUCGGGCGCCCUCGCUACCCGCCCCUCCCCAGGCGGGGGCGCCAGGCUCUCCCAGGACCAAGCGCAAGUUGGUGAGGCGCCACUCCAUGCAGACUGAGCAGAUCCGCCUGCUAGGGGGCUUCCAGAGUCUAGGCGGGCCAGGAGAGCCUGGGCGCUGAGAAGAGUGAGAGGAGACAAGGAGGGUGGGGAUCAGGACCUUGAUGGGAAGGGUGGGAGAACCAGCUCACACACACACCACGGCCAUAGGGGUCUCUUGCGUGUGCUCAUGGGCACGGUGCACGAACACAUGGGUAGACGUGUCCACAAGCACAGUACUUGUAUUUGCAGGGAAGGGUAAGUACUAUUCUAUUUACUGGGCAUGUAGACACAUACAUUCACGCCCUGGUCACUUCACAUGCACACGGGAAUUACUUGUGUACCCACAGGCACGACACACACAGGGCCACUUGUGCUAAGGCCCUCCAAAGAGUCCCAAACUCACCUGCAUUUGUUCAGAAGCAGUAGGGAGCCCCUACAUAUGAGUAGCUUCCAAUCUUUCUGCCCUCCUGCAAAAAAACCCUUGCUUUCCAUGUAUGCCCUGCAACACAGCCCCACUCAUGAUAUUGGACACUCUACCUUCUUCCUGAAUAUCCCUCCCCCGUUCUGCCGGUCUUGCUUCUCUCUCCAGGCCUGACUCCUUGUUCACACCCUGCUUCCCUCCCUAACCACUUUUCAGGAUAUCUUCUUCACUCUCCUUGGGGGUUUCCUGCAGCAAUCCCCAGCCUCACUUCUGCUGCUGCUCUUCCAGCUCUCAGCUUUACUUCUCAACUUCCUGCUUUUUUUUCCCACCCCGUUCCCCCAACCAACACAACAGGUUGUCUCAUUUUCCCAGGGGGUGGGUCAUGGGCUCUAAGCUGCUCUUUUGUCUGUCUGAGCUUAUGAACACCCCCACAGGUAGAAGUGGGGAGUAACUCUAAAUCACUCCUCUCUCCACUUGACGUCUCAAAUAAAUGUGUUCAGAAGCCUC